AUGGAAAAGCUCAAUCAAACAGUGCUGAGUGAAUUCAUCCUCAUGGGAAUCACAGACCGCCCUGAACUGCAGGCUCCAUUGUUUGGGCUCUUCCUCAUCAUCUACAUGACCUCAGUGGUGGGCAACUUGGGCAUGGUCAUCCUCACUAAGGUAGACUCGAGGCUGCAGACACCCAUGUACUUCUUUCUCAGGCACCUGGCUCUUACUGAUCUGGGUUAUUCAACAACUGUGGGACCCAAAAUGUUGGUAAAUUUUCUUGUGGAUCAAAAUAAAAUCUUAUACAAUUUUUGUGCCAUUCAGGGAGCUUUCUACAUUAUGUUCAUUAUUAGUGAGCUUUUCAUUCUGGCAGCAAUGUCCUAUGACCGCUAUGUGGCCAUCUGUAACCCUCUUCUCUACACAGUCAUCAUGUCAAAAAAGGCAUGCUGGAUGCUGGUGGCAAUCUCCUAUGUCUAUAGCACAUUUGUGUCUCUUCUAGUCACUAUAAAAAUAUUUAAUUUAUCCUUCUGUGGCUACAAUGUCAUCAGACAUUUCUACUGUGACUGUCUCUGUUUGAUAUCUUUGCUUUGUUCAAAUACACGUGAAAUUGAACUGAUUAUUCUGAUCUUUGCAGGUUUUAAUUUAAUUUCAUCCCUGCUAAUAGUUCUUGUGUCUUACCUGCUUAUUCUUACAGCUAUUCUCAGGAUGAACUCUGAUAAAGGCAGGCACAGGGCUUUCUCUACAUGUGGAUCCCACUUGACCGUGGUGGCAGUGUUCUAUGGAACUUUGAUAUUUAUGUAUGUUCAGCCAGAGUCCAGCCAUUCCUUUGAUGCUGAUAAAGUAGCAUCUAUAUUUUACACACUAAUUACCCCCAUGUUAAAUCCCUUGAUCUACAGCUUGAGGAACAAAGAUGUAAAAUAUGCUGUUCAUAGACUAUGGAAAAAACUAUGUAAUACCUUUUCUUAA